AUGCCACCGAAGGCGCUGUCGAGACAGUGGCACGCACACGAGCUGCGGCCGUGCCACUGUCAUAGCGGCGAGGCGCGGGACCGUCUGACCAAGGUGCAGCGGACCGACCUGGUGGGCAAGCGGAUGAUGAAGACCUUUGGCGGCCAUGGCACCUUCGUCGGAGAUAUCGUCUCUUACGACCCGGAGACGGGGUGUUACCAGCAGGUCACCUAUGAGGACGGCGACAAGGAGGGCCUCUCGCGAGCCUCUGUCCAGGCUGGCGUGCGGCGAUUCCAGGCCCAGGCAAAGUGAUGCGAUCCGUCUCGCCGAGGCGCGCUUUUAGAUGUUAGAGACUUUGUGCGUUUGGAGCAGUGCGGACUGUCUGUGCAGGAGCAGAGUGCUGGGGUCUCACCCGUUUAGUUGAUUUGUAGUAUUGUUCUGUGUG